AGUUUGGAGAGAUUGCUGAGGUCUGUCUUUCUCUAUUAAGGGUGAAGGGCUCUAGGCCAGGAGCCAGAGGGAGGAUGAAAACAGGGGUUGACCUUCCCACUCACAGGGGUGGUCUUGGGAACAGUCACCCUAGAGUGUGUAGACGUGUGAGGACAAAAUGUACAGCAGUGAGCAGCAGUGCUUUGCAUAGGAUGAGCGGAACACACACGGAUAGGAACUGUUUCUCUAACACUCCUUAGUCAGGGUAAAAAUGGGUGUCUUGAACUCUGAAAGGAAGAAGAGAAUGAGCCUAGGUGUUCUUCCUAUGCCAGAACCUCUCCCACCUCCCAGGCCUAACGAGUGUCUGAGGGUACAGACCUCAUGGUAUUCUGGGACUUGUUGUUUUUGCUGGCCUUGCUCUCGGCAUGUUGGGAGCUGUAGUCCUUGGCAGCCACAGUCUGGCACAGCUGUUUAAUGCCAGCUGCUGCCCAUCCCCUGCAUGGAGGGUGAGGUCCCUCCCGCCCUGCAGUCCUGCCCCAUGAGUCAGCUUGAAGCCACGGUCUAAAGCCAGACUGGUGGCACACGAGAGUCUUCAGCGUCUCUUGACAGGAAGGGAACUAAUAGCUCCCUGGGUUAAUGAGCAGAUGCCAGGCAUGCUAGAGUCAAGUAGGGCAUCGUGUCAUCACCUGGCUUCCCCAGGGCAAGGGCUCGGGAGGGCAACUGAAAUGACCUGGAAAUUGGAGUGCUACAGAAAAUGCCCUUCUUGAACUUUGAGGCCUGGGUGGAGAAUAGGAGGAAAAGCAAUGAGUACAGGUGUACCUUCUCACAACACUGCCAUCACUCGUGUUCUCCUCUUUCUAUCCAUCCCACCACCAUGAAAGACCAGAAUAUUCUCAGGAUCUUAUUUCUAAAGAGGUCCUGGUGAAAUGGGAAAGUAUGGCCUGCCAUGAUGGGAAUGAUUGAUAUGGAGAGCUUUUCAGUCCCUGAGCAUAAAUGUCUCCUUUCUCUCUGCCUCCUACCACCACAUCUGCUGUUGCAAUUCUCCCUGUAAAAUUAACUCUCUGUUUCUCACUCGUGGAGUCUUUCUCUGUAGUCAGGCUGCCCAGAUAGCUGGGGCUGGUGUUUAGGAUUCUCCUCCUCCUCCUCCUCCUCCUCCUCCUUCCUUUUCUUCCUCUUCUUCUUCUGUCUUUUUUUUUUAAAGAUUUUAUUUAUUUUGAAUGCUCUAUGUGCAUGUACACCUGCAUGCCAGAAGAGGGUAUAGAUGGUUGUGAGCCACCAUGUGGUUGCCGGGAAUUGAACUCAGGACCUCUGGAAGAGCAGACAGAGCUCUUAACUACCGAGCCAUCUCUCCACCCCCGUUUUUCAGUCUUGAUGUAUGUUUCUCCUGAGCUUGAAAUUGGGCUGUGGAAAAAACACAGCGGCCCUCAGAUCUGACGGGACCAGAGGUAAACAGAGUGUCACUAGGUUACAGGAAGUAGUGACAGCACCAGAUGGAAGUCUCAGAUUAUGGAGAUCUUUGGAGGAUAGUUUGAGCUAUCCAAAACAGUAUUUUGUUUGUUGGGUUUGGGUUUUUAUUUGUCUGGUCAAGACGGGGUUUCUCUGUGUAGACCUGGCUGUUCUGGAAUUCGUUCUGUACCUAGCAUGGCCUCAAACUCAAGAGAUCUGCCUGCCUGUGCUGGGAUUAAAAGCUUUUGCCGCCACCACUACCCAGCUUAUUUGCUGGUUUUGUGUUUUGUUUGAGAUUGGGUCUCUUGGAACUCCAGCUGACCUUAACUUAUUGCUGUAGGGGAGGCUGGCUGCGACCUGGUUUUUGUUUGUUUCUUUUUUGUUGUUUUGUUGUUUGAUGGAGGGAGGACCUCUCAGAAUGUAGCUAGACUGUUCUUAAACUCAAAAUCCUCCUGCCUCAGCCCCUAGCAUUAUGUUAAAAGGCAUUGUGGUUAGUAGUGCUCACAAGCUGCUGACCACAGUGCUCACUGUCAAGAUGACAGUGGUGACAGCUGGCCUUCGCCUGGGCGGUCUCAUCACUCGUAUUAUAACGAGUUUCUGCUCUGUGAAGACCACUGUGUGUGCGCGCCCAUUGACAGCAAAGAAAUCAUUUGUGUUUUUCUUUUGAGUAUUGGUUGUGCACUGGGGGAAGGGCAUGGAGACCUUCUCCAGCUGUUUCCAGUUGACUGCCUGCUGCUUCCUUAUCUCUGGUUUGCAGGGCCUGGGGGGAGGGGUGAGAACUGGAAAGUGCCUUUCCACCUUGUUCUCUCCUAUUAAUGCUUGUUUUUGCUUGGAUUUGUGUGUUUGUUUGUUUAUGUUUUUUUUUUUGAGACAGGGUUUCUCUGUGUAGCCUUGGCUGUAUAGACUUACUUUGUAAACCAGGCUGGCUUGGAACUCACAGCAGUCCAACUGCCUCUGCCUCAGUGAGUGCUUAGAUUAAAGGCCUGUGCCACCAUCAUCUGGCUUCUAUUUAUUUAUUUUUGUUUGUUUGUUUGUUUUUGGAUGUUCAAGGCUGGGUUUCUCUGUCUAGCACUGGCUGUCCUGAACCUCUCACUGUAGACCAGGCUGCUCUUGAAUUUCUGGAGAUUUGCCUGCCUCUGCCUCCCCAGUGCCGGGGUUGAAGGGUCCAGCUGAGCCCAAGCGCUGCACGGAAUGGUGGCAGUCACCUUGCCAGUGCAGUGGGCAUGGACCAGACUGCAAGCUAGAGGGACAAGGCAUCAGACAGGAAGAGGGGACGCACGCCUAGGCUUGAGGCUUCUUCAUCGGGAUGUCUGCAGACCCCCCAGCCCAGGCCCAGUAUAAAGGCCGUGUGGGGGGGCCCCCCUGACCCAAGGGGGGGCUUCAUGCGCCACGUGCAGGCGGAGCCGUCUCCAUCUUCAGAGCCAGAGGCUGGCCCUUCACAGCCUCCAGUCAGACAGGGGACCCUCCAGGGUGGCCUGCUCAUGGGCUAUAGCCCAGCAGGGGGGGCGACAUCCUCUGGGGUCUACCAGGUAUCCAUCUUUUCUCCUCCAGCUGGUACCUCCGAGCCUCCUAGGGCUUUGAAGCGUCCGGCCCCUCCCACUGAGGGACCCCGGGAGCUGAAGAGAGGCCCUGGGCUGGGGGCCAGAGAGGGACUACCCCCCGAAGAACCAUCUACUGUGGGACUAUUAAGCCCAGAGGGACUGGGUCUGGGACUGGGUGUGGCCAGCCAGCAUUUCUCCCAUCAUGGCCUCUGUGUUGUGGAACAGGGAGGUAUUGCCACCUCACCUUGGACUUCAGGGACCCAGAGUAACCCCUGGCCCUCAUCAAAUGCUUCCUGCAAUACUUUGCACACCAGAGACUGGGCUUUCCCAGAUCAAGGGGGACAGGGGUGCCUUGGGGAGUCUCCAGGGCCAGCCCCAUCAGGCCAGCUGCACACACUUGACACUGAUUUGCACAAUCUUGCACAAAUAGGGAAUAAGAGCCCAGUGGCUAGGGUGGGCAACGGGAACAGCCCCUGGCCUAGGGAGUCCCUUGGAAGUGCCAAUGGGCACAGUCCCGAGCACACGCCCCCUGGCCCCGGACCUCCAGGCCCUUGCCCCACCAAGCGAAGGCUGCUGCCCGCUGGAGAAGCCCUGGAUGUCAGCUCUGAAGAUGAGGGCCCAGCCCCUCGGAGGCGCCGGGGAGCCCUGGGCUGCCCUCUUGCUGCCAAUAGUUCUGAUGCCAAAGCCACACCCUUCUGGAGCCACCUGCUGCCUGGGCCCAAGGAGCCUGUUUUGGACCCAACAGACUGCAGUCCCAUGGGGCGGAGGCUGAAAGGCGCACGUCGCCUGAAGCUAAGCUCCCUGCGAAGCCUCCGGAAGGGGCCAGGCCUGCUGAGCCCUCCCAGUGCCUCCCCCUUUCCUACCCCUGCUGUCAGCCGUACCCUGCUGGGCAACUUUGAGGAGUCAUUGCUUCGAGGACGCUUUGCACCGUCUGGCCACAUUGAGGGCUUUACUGCAGAGAUCGGAGCCAGUGGGUCUUACUGUCCCCAGCACGUCACGCUGCCUGUCACUGUCACCUUUUUUGAUGUUUCUGAGCAAAAUGCCCCAGCCCCCUUCUUGGGAGUUGUGGACCUGAAUCCUCUGGGGAGGAAGGGUUACAGUGUGCCCAAAGUGGGCACCAUCCAAGUGACCUUAUUUAACCCCAACCAGACUGUGGUGAAGAUGUUCCUUGUGACCUUUGACUUCUCGGACAUGCCUGCUGCCCACAUGACCUUCCUGCGCCAUCGCCUCUUCUUGGUGCCUGUAGGUGAGGAGGGAAAUGCUAGCCCCACCCACCGCCUCCUCUGCUACCUGCUGCACCUCAGGUUCCGGAGCUCUCGCUCAGGCCGCGUAAGCCUGCAUGGAGAUAUCCGCCUGCUUUUCUCUCGCCGGAGCCUGGAGCUGGACACUGGGCUCCCCUAUGAACUGCAGGCUGUGACUGAGGCCCCCCACAAUCCACGUUAUUCACCUUUGCCCUAAUUACCAUCAUUCUGAACCUAGGUGGCCCCAAAGCCUGCCUAUCUGCUCCAUCCUAGACAGGGUAAACUGUGGAGAAAUGGCGAGAGCCCCUUCAGGCUUAAAUUAAAGCCCUCACUGCGCUCACACCCAAAUGGAUUAUUUGGGUUUUUAAAGCUUCAAUCCUUCCAUACCCUGUCUACACUGGGUACUCUAUGUGCCUGUCCCCUCCCUUGGGUGUCCAGGCCAGCUUAGGCAGCAGGGAGGAACCAGAACUACCCUGAGAUUGUCCCAAGUUCCCAGGCAAGUAAUGCCAGCGUUGCCUCCCUGUCCUGGGCAGGGGCCACUUAUUAUUUUAUUUAUUUUUAAUUUAUAAUUUAUUCAAAUUGGAUUGCCUUGUUGACCUCCCAAACCUGGUAAUUGGCAUCACCCCACUCUGUUAUUGUCCCAACCUCAGGACUUGAAGAAGCAAGGGGAGAGCCACUCUCCUUUGGCUACGGGCAGAAGGUUUAUUCCAGAGGAACUGAGUCAUUAGCCAAAGACUCAGCUUCCCUUGUUUUUCUCUAUUCCUUUUCCCUUCCCUACCCUUCAACCCAUCUUUGAAAGCCAGUGUGUAUGUGUGUGUAUGUGUGAGUGUAUGCGUGCAUGCAUACACACAUACACACAUACACACGUGUGCAUGCACACAAACUUGGAUUUGUGUGGGGUGUGUUUGUAUGUGCAUGUACAUAAACUUGGAUUUGGUGUGUGUGUGUGUGUGUGUGUGUGUGUGUGUGUGUGACAGAGAGAGAGAGAGAGAGAGAGAGAGAGAAUAUGCAUGUAUGCAGAACAGAGGGGUUUAAGCACCCCUUACCUAGGGCUUCAGACUCAGUUGUCCCUCUUCUGCCUGGGUCUCCUUGCUUUGAGGUCCUGACUGAGGAAGGUGUCCAGGGGCAGAGUCAGGCCUAAGGACUGGGGAACCUUCUCUCACCUGACCAGACUCUGACCUACCUACCUCAGCUGGGAUGAGGGGUGUUCCUCAUAUUCAGUCAUGUGGUUCCCAGUUACCCGACUCAAGACUCUGACACAGCCUCAACCCUUAACUCUUGGGGCUCAGCUGAGGGGAACAAGCAUUUGCUGAAACUUGAAAAAAAAAAAAAAAAAAAAACAGGAAAAAUUGUACCUGGUACAUUUUUUUUUUUUUUUUAGGAAAAAAAAAAGAAUAAAUUCUUGUUUGGAAACUUGAA